AUGUUGUAUUUAAGUUUUAUUUUUUUAAUUUGUCUUGUUUCAGCUGAAGUACCAUCAUAUAUACCAGUAUGUGGUCGAAGAAAUCCAAAUUUGAACGAAUGUAUAAAAAACAGCGUGGAAAAAUUGCGUCCGAAACUCCGCGAAGGAAUUUCUGACCUUGAUGUUCCGCCAAUUGAUCCUCUAAUUAUAAACGAAAGACUUGUAGUCGCGGAUACUCCUGACUUUAAAGCUGGAGCAACAAAUAUUAAGCUCUACGAUGCGGGAGAUUUUGAAAUAAGGAGCUUGAAUGUUGACUUUGAAAAUCAAAAAGUUGACAUCAAUCUUUUCUUUAAAAGGAUGAGGUCAACAGGCGACUAUGAUGUCAAAGCUAAAAUUAUUGUUCCUAUCGAAGCGACUGGGCCCGUUGAAAACGAUGCUAAUAACAUCGAAUCAAACUCCACGGUGAUGUACAAAUUAGUAAAAACUAAGAAAGGUCAACAAGUCUUCUUCACCAGUGCUAUCACUAAGCUCAAAAUAGGUGACUACAAGACCAAGUUUGUUGCAAACUCUGAACCGACCACCGCAUUAUCCGACGCAAUUAACUCUGUAGUGAAUGGAAACAAAGGGGAAAUAAUUGCUGCUAUUACUCCUCAUAUUGAAAGAGCAAUGUCCAGAAAGCAACUUGAAAUAGCUAAUCAAAUUUGUAAGCACUUUACUUUCGAGGAGUUAUUUCCCGAUCGAGAAUGA